AUGUUGAUAUUAUGUGAAACAGCGGAAGGAUAUGGCCUGUUUAGCAUUUCAGACAGUCAAGUAGUAGACAAGCCAGAUUUGGUUGGUUCAAAUGUCAAAUAUACUCCUGAUAUGUUCAAAUUGGUGUCGUGGAAAAAGUUCAAAGAUUUGAAACAUGCCACUGAAGAUGUGCUGAAAAUUCAGCAAAGCGAAAUGGGUCCGGUUUUGAAAAAAUUUUUGAAAAAAAAAGUUGGCGAUGAAAUUUUGGCAGUUUGUGACAAAGAACUGGCAAAAAACAUCAAAAACACAUUAGGCUUAAAUGUGAAAUAUAGUUCUUCGGUCCAGGAACUAUUCCGCACCUUGCGUGAAAAUCUGAAUAAAAUAGUCAGCGAAUUGUCAGACUCAAAUGUUUUGAAUGUAAGUUUAGCACAUAGUCUAACCCGCUUCAAACUCCGCUACUCACCGGAAAAAGUCGAUAUCAUGGUUAUUCACGCUGUCGGUUUGUUAGAUGAUUUGGACAAGGAACUAAACAACCUGUCUAUGAGAUUACGGGAAUGGUAUGGUUUCCACUUUCCUGAGCUCUUGAGGCAUAUUGAAAAUCACAAUGUUUUCGCUAAGUUUGUUAUUGCAGUAGGAUAUCGUACAAAUAUAAAAAACUUAGAGUCACUCGAAUCUGUUGGCAUAGAUGCCUCUGCUGAGAAAGAGAUUAGGCUGCUGGCAGAAAAUUCAAUGGGUAGUGAAAUCACUGACGAUGAUCUCGAGUGCAUCCAAAACAUAGCUUCCCGCGUCAUUUCAUUGUCGAAAUACCGAAACAAACUAGUUGAAUAUUUAAAAGUUAGAAUGAAUUCGAUCGCACCUAACAUGACUUAUUUAAUCGGUGAAACACUUGCCGCUCGAUUAUUAGCUCAAAGCGGUAGUCUGAAUAACUUGGCUAAAUUACCAGCUUCCACAGUUCAAAUUCUCGGAGCUGAAAAGGCUUUAUUUAGAGCUUUGAAAGCCAAGUCUAAUACUCCUAAAUACGGGCUUAUAUAUCACGCCAAGCUUGUAGGACAAGCUAGCACUAAACUUAAGGGUAAAAUGUCAAGAGUGUUGGCGAACAAGAUUUCGUUAUGUGCACGUACAGACGCAUGCGGAGACUCAUCUGAGCCUACUAUUUCUAUCACAGCAAAAAAUAUAUGUGAACAAAGACUUAAUAUCCUUAAUGAACAGGCAGCUAAAUUUUCGCUUUUGCCUAACAAACGAUUAUUAAACAACGAUCAACAACCUGGUAAAAAGUUUCAACGAACCGGAAAUCGGUUCUGA